CAUUAAAGCAAACCAUUUUACUCAAACAACACAUUUUGUACAGAAAAAAGUUUUUUUUCACAUUUGUCCCCUAAAUCAACAGCAAACAAAACUGUGACACCCAUGACACAUUUCCUUCUUGCAACAAAUUGCAACGGAAAUUAGUGCACCGUGUUUCACUUGUGUGAGUUAUUUCCUGUGCAGAAAUAAAGGGUAAAAAAAAGAUAAAUUACUAUUUCCAACGUGCUUCCGUCACUUUAAAGCAACCCACAAAAGUAACCACAGGUCACCCUAUCUCUUUCUCUUCUCUUGCACUUCGAUAAGCAAAAGCCAAGGUUUUAUUCGCACACAACACAUGUCGGCACACUACACAUGCUUACGGCUAAUUGAUAAACCAGUAUCUUAUCAAUCACGCCGAAACCACCAAACCUAAGCUGCACAAGCGAGUGAGCGUGUCUGGGAAAAAAGGGCGAGAAAGAAUUAAGCCGAUAUGAAAAAAGGGAAGGAAUGGUAGGAAAUUAACGAAAAGGGAAAAGAAAUCCGGUCAGUCUCUACUCAAGUACGGGCAUGCCCUGGGUUAGAUAUGUCGAUGCAGUUAGUAUCGGAUUGAAUGUUACGCAGUGUGUUCGUGUGUAGUAACCGAAGGUGACAAUUUCUUUUGGCCAUCGCCGGGAACAGCUAGCAGACUGGUUGCUGGAUUAUACUUUCCCACACAUCCAGCAGGUGACUCAUCAUUGUGUCUUUAGCUUCAUAAAAUUUCAUCUUGUGGACUCUCUGUGUGUUUAGCAGAAUUACAUGUGUUGGAAUUAUUCAUUUUGUUUAGAUCGUGGCACCGGUCUCUCGCUGCUUUGCUCGCUGUUCGGUCUGGAACAUCAUCAAACAUUCGCAUUAUUAGCCGCGUCUCUGUCACAAGCGCGUUACGCGUUGAAUCAACGCGCUGUGGCUGAUGAUCCAAGUCGGUACAUACACACACACACGUUGGGUAAAUAUUUACACAACCGCUAAUUCUAUUCCACACGAAGAUUUUCGGUACCGGGCAAAAGCGAAAGAAGGCUUAGCCAUCGUCAGUUUGGCGCCGUAAUCGCUGCAAACCGGUCGCGUAUCGCGAUCGAUCGAGCUGUGAUUGUGCCCGUGUGUGUAUGUGUGUGUGUCUGUGUGUUUGACCGUGAUUUUUGUUUGAUAAAGUGAACUCAUCCACAAUUUGGCAGCAUUAUACAUAUUGUAGCAUAAGUCUGCUGCUAAAGCUGGUGAUAAGAAAAUGCAACCUGCGAGUGGGUGUGUGCGUGUGAACAGCAUGUAAUGGCAUGGGAAAGGUGCAAGUGCAAACGUACGAUGAUUACGACCGGAUACGAUACUUUUACUACAUCCGGCCACCGCAAACGCCCGUACCGCAGGACUGGUGGAUCGAUCCGAUGGCAACCAGCACCGAAUCCGUCACCACGCUCAGUGCGGGCGAGGAAACGACGCUGCUGCUGUACGACAUCUUUAUACCGCUGCUCGGUUCACUCAUCAUAAUACUCAACCUGAUCGUGGUCGUGUCCGGUGUGCUGCUGCUGCGAAAAGGUCAGCAACCGUAUACGACGUACAUGUUUCUCGGCAAUGUAGCCGUUUCGGAUUUAUUGACGGGCUUUGCCGUCAUGUUUGGACAGUAUGCACCACGUGAGCGACGUGCCGAGGAAAACUGCACACUAAUGAUAGGUCUCAUAGUGUCCAUGUCAUUGGUCUCGGUGUACAGCGUGGGACUGAUAGCGAUCGAUCGGUACCUUUACAUCGUGUACGGAUUGCAAUACCAGCGCUACUUAACUCGUACCCGUGCGCGUAUACUGAUUGCCGCCACCUGGGUCCUUGGUGCUACCAUAGGGUUUCUGCCCGCAUUCGGAUGGCGCGGUGAUACGGAUGGUGGACGAACAUGCUGGUUUAUACGGUUGGCUCCACCGGGUUUGGUGAUCCUUACGGCAGUGGUCGGUAUACUACCGGUGCUGCUCGUCAUCAUUCUGUACGGUAUCAUCCUGCAGAAGGCAUUGCGUCGCGUCAAUCAGCUGAAAAAAGCAUCGCGCGAACUGCGCGGCGUACAGACCGGUAAUUUGCGACUGUUUCGUGGCGGUGGCGGUAGUGCAAACGGGACGGCAGCUGUUCCACCGCCAGCCAGCUCCAACCCGGUAGAACUAAAUCGAUCAGGCGCCAACCAAUCGGACACGGACCAUGGUUUAAGUGAGGAUGAACUAUCGAGACGUACCGCCAGACGCUGUCUUUGUCUGCGUUCGCGUUGUUGUACCAGCGCCGGUCGUUCGAAUCAGGCUCAGAAAGCGCUGAACGGAACCGAUUCCAGCGUACCCGCGAUAUCCAACUCGAUGACGGUCGCAGCGACAACGACGACAACCACGACCAGCAGCAGCAGCAAAAGCCCGACCAAGUGGAAGGCGAUAAAAGUCGUGAUGUUCACGACGGGCAGCUUCAUCGUAACGUGGGUGCCGUACUUCAUCGCGAGCCUAAUGUAUGUCGGGUGUGACCCGGCAACGAAUGGGGAACUAUGUCGCAGCCUGCAGUUCGCCAUCGCCAGCCCCCUUGCCAUACUCGGCUUUGCCAACAGCCUGCUCAAUCCGAUCAUUUACGCCUGGUGGCACAAUGGGUUCCGUGCCGCGAUGAAGCGACUCGCCGGCAAGGUCAGUCAGCGGGUUUGCUGCUGCUGCCGCUGCGGUCGUUACCAGCGGGAGGAAGAUGAAGCAGGCCGGUGUGCCGUACGCUGCUGCCAUAAAUCAUCGCGUACGGCGCCAUCGACUGAAGCUUCCGCGAAUCGGAUCAGCGCCAACGGAAGCAGCAGCGACGGAGUUGGACCUAACCGCCUGUCAAACCGCACGGUGGCAACGACCGUCGGGCGUAGGUCGCGCACGGCUGCACCACCCCAGAGCGACCAAGAAUUUUCCGUCACCGACGACACCGAUGUGGAGCAGCCGUCGGGUAUGGUAAUCGGGACACGCCUCUAGGGGAUGUGUGGAUGGGACUGCUACUGUUCCGACGAAAUUGCCACCGAAAACCUCAGGGACAUGUCGAGAACAUUCUCAUCAAAGAGCAUCGCCAAAAAUGUGCUCCCAAAAAGCAUUGCGGCUCUUUGCUAUGAAGCGUUGACUUCGGCAGCAGCGCGUACGGUGAAUGCUUCGGGGCGCCAGUACGACGACGUAUCACGCAAGUGGCCCAUACCGAGGGGAGGACCCAAAAGCCAUGGAGAAUUAGAUUUAAGUUACCAUGUAGUUACCACACACCCAUUUAGAUAUAUACACACACACACACACAUGGACAUAUGCGGUUAAUGCCCUCGGGGAUUGUCUUCACGAGUCGUACCGCCGCACAAUUGUGCAACUGCAUUCGCUCGAAACAAAACGCCAGAUCCAACAGAUAUGUCGGAUAAAAUUCAUGACAGUUUCAUUAGGAGAUUGCAUCGUGAGCCAUGAGCAGCAUAAAUGUAUCAAAGUUACAGUAUUUUUUUUUUUCAGUAACUUUACUGUACGGUAAUGUUAAGUUAAGUGUAAAACAAGAAGUAAAGCAGUUUCUACGUGCAUUAGAUUAGAUUAGAAGUUAUAGAACAGUGUAAUAAAGUUUUGAAAGUGAACAUGAAGAUAAGGUUAGUUAUUGUUGUAAUGCCAAACCUCUUUACAGACUAUUAAUGAUCUAACAGCUAGCAGAAAAGCGUGGUUAGUUUUUUGUUCUCCAUACCAUCCACAAUCCUUUGCGGGACGAGAAAUCCUUUCCCUUGGCGCUCAAUAAUGGCUUGUUAUUUGCAUAAGCAAAUUACAGCCAUUGCUUCGGCUUCUGGAAACAAGAGAAGCAAUUAUGAUACAAUAAAGGGCAAUGUAAUGAUGCUGUGUGAUGUACCAGCGACCAGGCGUCUCCAUUUGCAGACAACAACGGCUAGCGAUCGUUGCCAUCUUUAUGUGCUUAUCUAUUUCUCGCUCUCUCUCUCUUUCUUCCCUGUUUUUCCCUCUAUUGCACACAUUCAUUCACUCGUUUAUACUCUGGACACUUUGAAUUAUUGAUCUGUAUGAGCCCGAGUGGUGAAAGUUCCACUUCCUUCCUUCCACAGCACCGGAGUACGGAACUCACGCACCGCACAUAUCCAUUUGCAUUACACUCCUACACGCGCACAUACAGGCACAUAUUCUCAUUGGAAUGCACGGCACCAUAUCCACUCCAUGCCCAUUCGUUAGCAAAACAGCUAAACAUAUCUCGAGCAUUAACUAUAUUAAUUAUUCAUUUGCUCGUUUUCAUAGUGGAUCGUUUACCCUCCCCCUUUUUUUUUGGAGUGGGAUGAACUUCAAGAUGGAGAUACUGCCAGCCGACUGCUGGCAUAUAAAUUUAGUCUUUCGUUUCUUGGAAUCUGCUUUUCCGCCCCUCCCGCCGGGCGGCCGCUCAAUGAUCGACGUGCGCUGUUUUAUCAUCAUCAUUGUUGGAUUGCAUCAAUUAUAAAAUAAAUUAAUUACGGCAGACCAACCAGGUUGCUAGGAGUAGGGAAGCCCUGUCUAUGGUUCAGGUCCACUUUCCACAAAUUGAAAAGUGUCUAGGGCAAAGGGGGAAAGAAGAUGAACUGCGUGCGCGUGUGAAUACAAAAAAAAAAUGGA